UCUAAUGGCUAUUUUGAUAUCAAAUUUUCAUUUUCAAACAAUUAAAACUUAAUGCAAGGAAGUGAGAGAUGAUACGAUUUGUUGCACAAUGCUUCAUAACAGUGUUCUUGGCUGAAGAAAUUCUAAUGGCCAUUUGAAUGCCAUGCCCUGCACUCCUUUGAGCUUUCCUUGAGCCCUUGUUUGGGCUUAUAACACCAGCACACAUUGGCUGGUUCUGAUUCGGUUUUCGCCGGUAUAGGCGAGAUUCUUCUGUUUCUUUUUAUGAAUAUAUAUUUUUUUCAAGUUAAGUUCCCCUUGAGAGGCUGUACAAGACAAUUAUUCUCCCAUGUGACACGAAAAUUGACCCCCUUGAGUGUAUAACAAUGGCGCACUGGUCGGUCCUUAUCAGGUUUCCGUUUAAACGAGGUUGGUCUGUCUUGAUGCAAUCGAAGUGAUUUUGUUUUUAAAUCACGUUCACCCUGAAUGGCUGCAUAACUUACUUUUUUUCCUUUGUGACACCAAAGUAGACCACAGGAAAUAUUGAUUGGCCCCGAUUCGGUUUCCUUGCAAACUAGGAGUUAAUUUGUCUAGGUCUUCAUGGAGUUAUUAUUAUUAUUUUUAAUCCCUAAAUGGCUGCAAAAGUCCCUUUUUUUCCUGUGCGACACCAAAAUAAAACUCCUGUACUGUAGUGGCGUACUUUGGAGUGCCUAAAAUUAGUAAUAGUCUUAUUCUAAAACAGAUACUUUAAACGAACAGUGUCAUCUGUUAACAGCAUGCGAUGAUUUCGUUGAACCCGGAAAAAUAUCGAGGCCGCAGCAGAGCGAAAAACAACAGCAGUUCAAUCAGUUGCAGAACAUGAAAGGACAAAGAUAGGAAUUUAUUACGAGAUGAGACGAAGACUAAAUAUGCCAAGGAUGGAAAUGGUUGCAUUACGGACAACUGUGAGCCGGAAGCCUUAUGUUUUUAUGAUUGAAAACAGAAUCUGUCAAAAUUGUGUUCACAAUGGAACCCUGUUUUUAAAUGAUUUCUAUCAACAUUUAUCCGUUCAGGGUUUUAUCCUGUAAACUGAGUUUUCGAACUUUUUGUUACAAGGGAAGUUCCCCUACGUACAAGCUGACUUUGAGACAAAAAUUAACAAAAACACGGAGAAAUCCUUUGGCUUUUGUUUCUCUCGCGCGCUACUUUAAGUUAUCUCUAGGUAAACAGCUUAUAUCAACAAUGUUCGCCGGUGUAAUUUAGUUGUACGACCAUUAAUGACAAAACUUUGACAAUGUCUCCAUCCUUUGAAAAAUGUCUUCCACUUCAGUGUAAUUUCACUAAAACCUGGCGAUGCCAUCCGCCUGGGCAACUUCUCCUAAGAAAGGGUGGUCAGUGUGCUAGGGAAGCCUAAUGCUUCAAUCCGGCUGGAGUGUGGUGAUCAAUGAUGAGGCGAUAGUAGAUUGGAAUUGCCAUCGUAUUCAGUUUGAAAACUAAAUGCUUGUCAAAUUAUAGGAAGAAGCCAAACAAGAUUAUAUCGGAUGUUUCGAUAAAACCCAUUACAGCUAGACGAUCAAAAUUUAAUUUUAGACGUUUUCUUCGGCAAACAUACCCUGAUUUCACUUUGCAGAAUGAAAAAGCCCAGAAAUUUUAAUUACAAAGUUUGCGCAAUUUUUAAUAACUCGUACAAACUUGAUAGACAUUUCCAAACAAACUCUUUUCAUGAUGUGCCCACCCAUUUUCUGCAACUGCGAGCCACUCUCCUGUUACUAACUGAAUGAAAGAUCAAGAACCCACGCUAAAUUAGAGAUAAAUAUAGGGUCACAUUUCGUAUUUGCUCGCUAAAAGCUCAGGACAACAGCCCAAAUGUUCCAUUGUCUUCACAGUUGUAUAUCUACUGUACUCGAGUAGUCUCCAGUGAAUCCGGACUGGCGUUAUCAAAAAAAAAAUAUUAAUAUAAUGGUAAUGAAAGUUGAACAUUACGUAGGAAAUUUCACCAAACGGUGCACGCAAGCUUCUGAUUUUUAGGAAUAUUUUAAGUAGUCUUAGUACAAGAACUGGCUUGGGAACUAGACAAGAAACGACAUCGAUUACAUUACAACAGCUGUUGUAACAAAAAGGACUGCUUCAGCUAACUGCUCUGAAAGAACCGACAGUGAACAAGGCUUGUGAAGAACCAUGUAGCAUUGAUUCUUCCAAGGUGUAAAGAUGCUGGAGAACAACAUUUCACAAAUCACUGCUCGAAACGAAAGCCACUGUUAUUCGGAACAUAAGACCAUAAUCCAAACUUGGGGUAUCGUACUGUUUUGUUUAGCCAACUGUUUGUCCGGUGCAGUGGCGAUCUGUGGAAACUUACUUAUCGUGUCAGCUGUUUAUAAAACAACCACGCUACAAACGCCAACCAACUUCUUCAUUUCUUCCAUGAGCUUGGCGGACCUCCUCGUCGGUCUUGUCGCGAUACCGCUCUGGAUCGCGCGUGCGGUGUUGAACAUCACAGAAAACACUCACGUUCUUUGCUUAAGCAGCGACUUCAUCACCAUACAGACUUUAAUGGCGUCGACAUAUAGUCUCUGCAGCGUUACAGUAGACAGAUAUGUCGCCAUCAUCUUGCCGUACAAGUACAACCAUAUUGUAACACAGAAGAGAUGUUUCGCCGCCAUUUUGAUUGCUUGGGCGUUUACCAUGGUCUUAGCGAGUUUCCGUUUUAUCGUCGGCUUGCGAUCCGAGCUGCCGAAGUUCUACAUGGCCGCAGCAAUAUUUGGCAUCGAUCUUCCGAUUGUUGUCAUCUGUUUCUGCUACGCGAAGAUCUUUAAAGCCGCCAAAGAGCAAAGAACAAAAAUCUGUUCCUUGACAUCGAGUGUCCGUGCGGCUUCCCUGAGGCAACGUAAAGCUGCUUACACUAUAGCCAUAGUAAUAGGGGUGUAUAUGAUAUUUUGGACGCCAACGUUUAUCGUAUGCUUUCUCGAUUUUACUCUCCACUUGUGUUUUUACGAUGCUUGGCUCGCUACCGUUUCAGUAUCUUUGGCCAAUUCAGCAUUGAACCCAUGGAUUUAUGCAGCGCGGAACAAGCAAUUCUGGCGAGCUUUCAAACGCGUUUUGCGUGUGUCAUCGCGACUCUAAGCUGAGAACAAAGAAGUUUGCAAGUCGAUCGAUGCAUCCAUCUCCAUGGCCAUAGUCAUCAACACAGUCAAAAGUACAGACGAUAAAAAGAAGCUGCUUGCUGCAUGCGUCUUCAGGUAGCAUUUUUAAGACCUCACUCACAGUUUUUCACUAUAUGGACCUCUCAGUCGGCAAAUAACAUAUACAUUUUAGAGUAGAAUUCUAACCAAAUUCCUUUCAAUUCAUUAGCGAUUUACAAUUAUUUCUCCGCAUACAUUGUAGUAUUAUUUCCCGCUUUAGCAAAAUCAAGCGCGGAUUGAAUUAUUGAUUAAACCUUGUAGCUGUUUGCACGCGCUCACAGGUCUUAUAGUCGCAUGAAACUCCAUUUAAUUUCUUAAGUGUUCUUUGGAAUUGAUUUAUCUUGUUAUAUUUCAAACUCUUCCUCGAAACAGCGAAGAAAUGCAGAGAAAACACUCUAGCCACUAAUGGCUGAUAGUGUAGGAGUAGCUCAGCCAAUCAGAUUGCUGCAUUUAUAUUAGCAUACCAGUAGAAUUCUGCUCAUAGUAAUCAGAGGAGCAGCACCUUGAAAGAGGCUGAGAUUACGACAAAUUUAAUCUCGAACCAAGAGUUCUAAGAAGCCGGACGGCUUUGGGUUAGAGAUUGGCCCUUUUUGAAAACAAAAAUUUAAAAAAAAAACUUCUUGAGCCUGAUGGCGGCGCGAGUGCUUAUGGGAUUAACUAAGAAAACAACAUCAUUAAUAUGGUGGACGAGAAUGCUCAGUCCCAAUUAAUCAAAGUCGAAAGACGGACAAGUUAGCGACAGGUAAGAAAAUAGCACAGUUUUUUUUCCCUCGAGAAAGGGAAAGGGAGAAAGUGGUGACAGUAGUGGACUCCCAUGUGAAAAGAUCGGGGAUGCUCGUCGGAAAAUUUGGAUUAAGCCCCUAAAGGAGACUUAUCUGGGCGGGGGUUGAACUUCAUUUAACCGAAAAGAUACCACUUUAACCCGGACCGACAAGCAUGGGCUACAAUGAUUUUAAUGAUGCUCAAGACAUUGUCACCAAAUACUUUCUCCUAUAGAUACAUUGCAGAUUCAAGUGAAAGCAUUGCCAUAAAACUCCAGUUAUUUCUUCGAGUGCAACCCUAAAAGAUAAGUUGACGGCUAGAAAUAGAGGACUUUCGUCCUGUACACCCAAAGUUAGACCAGAAUCCUUGAUUUACACACCUGAGGGAGACGACGAGCACAUUGGACCUUUUCACAUGUGAUUUCUCUCCCUACUGCCUGCGGGCUCCUUCUGGGCUGUGGGAUCAAUGUGAACAGACUUGUUCGUACACAACGACACCCUGUAACUCUUACAUGAAUGUACGCUCGAAAAGGGCGUUGUAAAUCCCCACACCACCGUUCAAAGAACUAAGUCUGUAAGCGCCCACCAGGAUAAUUAAUCA